AUGCUUCAUCUCUUGCGCAUCCUUCUUACCCCAACCUCAACCAGUCGCCCUACUGAGACGUCUACUUCGGCGUACAGCGACGACGACUCUUCUCAAGAACAUAGUCAAGACUACAGUUCUGACGACUUAUACGACGACGAAGACGAUUACGACGACGACGACGGUCUUGGUCCGUCUGAUUCUGCCUCUACCAGCGACCACGACCAGCAUUAUCGCCAUCACGCACCUGUUCAGCGUCAGCACCAACUGCCUCCUCACCACCAAUUCCCACCACAGCAUCAGUUCCCCCCUCACCACCAGCAGCAGCUAGCUCAUCAUCAACCGCCCUCUCGUCAACCGCCCCCUCGUCAACUGCCUCCUCACCAGUCGCAUCAGUUGCAGACUCGCCAACCAGGUCCUCCACAGGAUUAUUAUUCACCUGAGGAGGAACCCAGACGACCUCAGCGUAAACCGCGGCGCGAUCAAGCAGCGUCGCCUGCCGCUACUAUGGAGGAUCCUUACGGAUAUGGUGCGCCUCAUGGCCGUGGUGCCUAUGGGCAUCAUCAGCCUCCGGGGCGUGCUCGUCCGGGCUCAAUGUAUGGCAGAGGCCAACAGCACGGUUAUCAGAACCAGAUGGCACCUUACAUGGGAGCAUACCCUCCCAAUGGCCAAAUGGUGCCAUUUGGUGGUGCCUAUGGUGAUCCCACCAGCCCUUACGGCGCUCCUGGCUACGGUGGGGAAGGAAGAGGCAUGUACGAUAUGAUGCCUUAUCAACAACCACAGAAUGGUUACUAUGGUGCCAUGCAGCCCCAUCCAUACAAUUUGCCGGCCCAUAUGAGCGGGAUGCAGAUAGCACAUCAGUCGCAGCAGUUGACGCCGCCACCGCCCCCUACUGAAGUAGCUGUUGCCAAACCAGCCACGCCAGCUCCCCCCAAGGAGGACCCUGAUAAAAUCCGAUUAGAAGCCGAAAUUGCUGCUUUCAAGGCCAUGGAAGAGAAGCAAAAGGCUGCGGAGAAACAAAAGGAAGCCGAAGCCCAGAUCCGAAAAGAAGCCGAGGAAGCUUUCCAUCGAAGAAUGGAAGACAUGAGAUUGGCUCAAGAAGAGGCCAAGAAAGAAAUCGAGAGGGCCAGACUCGAGGCGGAGAAGGCUGCCCGGGAAAGAAUGGAGGCUGAGCGAAAGGCUGAGGAAAAGCGAGCGCAAGAACACGCUCGUGCGAUGGCAGAGGCCGAAGAGAAGGCUCGACUCAAGUUUGAAGCCGAGAUGAAGGCCGCCGAAGACCGAAGAAAGGCUGAGGCUGAAGCUCGCAUCCAGGCUGAAGAAGAUGCCAGGAAGAAGUUUGAAGCUGCUGCAAAGGCAGCCGAAGAGCAACGAAAAGCAGAGGCCGAAGCCCGCGCACAAGCCGAGAAGGAGGCGCGCGAGAAGUACGAAGCCGAGAUGAAAGCGGCCGCCGAACAGCGCAAGGCUGAGGCAGAAGCCAAAGCUAAGGCUGAAGAGGAGGCUCGUCUGAAGUUAGAGGCAGAGUUGAAGGCAGCCGAGGAGCGCGGUAAAAGGGAGGCUGAAGAGCGAGUCAGAGCUGAACGAGAAGCCCGUCUGAGGUUCGAAGCUGAGCUUAGGGCAGCCGAGGAAAAGAGGAUCAAAGAGGAGGAAGAGCGAAAACAGGCUGAAGAGCUUGCACGCGUGCGUUUCGAAAAGGCCCUGCAAGAGGAGGCCGAGGCCAAAGCUGCUGCUGCACAGAAGGCACAGGAGGAAGCUGAACGCCUUAUGAGAGCUGAGCAGGCAGCUAAGGAAGAAGCCGCGAAGAAGGCCGCCGAAGAAGCCGAAAAGCUUAAGAAGCUUGAAGAAGAGGCUCGUGCGAAGGCCGAAGCUGAGACCCUUCAGAAGAUUGCAGAUGAAAAGAAGAAGGCAGAAGAAGCUGCCGCUGCUGAGGAGGCUGCGAAGAAGGCCGCAGAAGAAUUGAAAGCAAAGAUCGAGGAGGAGGCAAAGGCCAAGUUUGAAGAAUCCACCAAGUCCGCUGAGAAGGCUCCGAUCCGGUUCAAGGACGCCGUUGGUCGCAAGUUCAGCUUCCCCUUCCACCUAUGCGCCACUUGGCAGGGCAUGGAAGAUCUUAUCAAGCAAGCCUUUAUGCAGGUCGACGUCUUGGGUCCUCACGUCAUGGAAGGCCAUUACGAUCUUAUUGCCCCUGAUGGAGAGAUCAUCUUGCCUUCUGUAUGGGAAAAGGUGGUCCAGCCAGAUUGGUCCAUCACUAUGACAAUGUGGCCGAUGGACAAAAUGCCCCCAUUGGGACCAAAGAUGCCUGGGGGGCCCAACAUGCAUCAUGGCAAGCAUGGUCCCAUUCCUGUUCCCCCUGGCAUGCGUCCUCCCAUGGGCGGCGGUCCUGGUAUGAUGCGACCGCCUGGUAUGCCACACGGUGCUCGCAUGCCUGGACCUGGGGUCCCACCCCCUCCAGGAUGGGCACCUGAAGAUAUGCGUCCUGGUGGUGGUAUGCCCGUACCAAACGUUGUGACUGUCGGCCCUACAUCUGGCAAGUCAAGCAAGCACAAGAAGCCAUCCAAGGACCACGGUUCAGGCGUGGCUGGAUUCUUGUUCGGCAAACCUCCAAAGAAGAAGUGA